AUCACAGCCUCCGAGGCCACGUCACUGACGGCGCAUCCAAUCGGCGCAUGCGUUCUAACGAGCGAGCGUAACUGUGCAAAAGAUGGCGGCGGACUCCGAUUUGCUGGGCGAUGUUUUGCUCGACACAGCGGCGGACGAAAAAGUAGUCGGGGACACGGUCGGCUCUUCGGAGAGCGGUGUGACCGAAGCGGGUCGUGUCAACACCAACUCCACAACUCAGUUUGCAGAAAAUCACGUCGGCAGCGUCGCUGUUUUAAGCAACGCGUGUACAAAUGUUCAGAGCAGCAAAAUGGGACUUUCACAACAAGAGGUUGCUAAAACAGGAGCGCAUGGAGGUGUCAUAAGCAGUACGGGUUCCCUUGAUUCUAACAGGGAUGGAGCAGCCGGGACCACAUCGGCGGCGGGACCGAGCUUGACAGCCGGUCAGAGUCAGUCCAAGACGGGAGCAGCAGGCGGAGUCGAAACGGCGUCGUCCGAUGCUACGACUGUUGUCAAACUUCAAACUUUGAAUGGAAGUGCCGUGGCGACGAGGUGUCAUCUCCCCGGUGCUGCAGGUCCCGCUGACGGCGGCUCUCAGCCCGCCGUCACGCUUGUAAACAACGGACACGCGGCACCUUCGACUAUUACUCGAACUUCUUCCACGAGUCGUCUUCAGACUGCUGUCGUGUCCUCUGUGAAAAGUGAACCGACGGUCACUCUUGUGAGGGCGCCUGUGCAAACUCCUACUAACACCUCGCAAAGCGGAGGGAGCCCCGCGACAGUUCUGACGUCACCAGCCGUCACUGUCACCGGCGCGACGGGCCCUUUAGUAAACAAAAUCGACACCUCAAAAACUGUAUUUCACACAAGUGGACACAAAGUUGCUACAGGGACCAUGAGGAGCUCUACUGUUCUGCAGAACUUGAGGACUUCAGCUCCGUCAACCAUUGCCGCCGCCACUCCUCCUCCCGCAGGAAUACGCGCUAUUGCCCCCCAGGUGUUGGCCCCAAGACUUACUCAGACUCAACAAAACGCCCCAAACAUCCAAAACAUUCAGCUCCCUCCAGGCAUGGUUCUGGUCCGCAGUGAGAGCGGGCAGCUGCUUAUGAUUCACCAGCAGACCUUGGCUCAGAUGCAGGCUCAGUCACAGUCCCAAAGUGCCAUGACACCACGACCAGCAGCCCCGACCAGCACUCCACCUUUCCAGAUCAACUCUCUAAAGGCUCCAGGCACAUCUCUGCUUCCUCGUCCAGUAACCCCCACGACCAUUAUUAAACAAGCCUCACCAGUUCAAACCAGCGUAACAGCCACUACCACUCUGCAGAGGCCUCCGGUGCUGCAGAACACCAUGAUGCUGGGAGGAAGUGCCACCACUCCAGGACAGACGCUCGUCACGCCCAGCACAGUGCAGCCUGGUUCUGCAGCCACAGCAGUUACACAGAGGGUAGGGUCGCUUGCAGCCACUGGGACCCCUGUCACUCCAAUAGCUGUCACCGCUGAGACACUGGAGAACGUAAAAAAGUGUCGAAACUUUCUGUCUACAUUGAUCAAGCUGGCAUCAAGUGGAAAACAGUCGUCUGAGACCACGGCCAACGUAAAGGAGCUGGUCAAGAACCUGCUGGAAGCAAAGCUCGAGCCUGAAGAUUUCACCAGUAGGUUAUACCGGGAGCUCAACUCCUCACCACAGCCGUACCUUGUGCCUUUCCUCAAGAGAAGCCUCCCAGCACUGCGUCAGUUGACCCCAGACUCAGAGGCCUUCAUCCAGCAGAGCCUGCCACCUCAGCCCAGCAGUCAGCCCACCGCAGCAGCCUCCACCGCCCUCACUGCUGUGGUGCUCCGACCUCCUCUCUCCACAGCUGCCACUACCACCACCAGCGCCGCUGCAACCAAAACCACAGUCAUCAACCUCACUCAGACAACACACAGUAAACCCGGACUGAUAGUCCCCCAGCAACAGGGCACUGUGUUGAGGCCUCAGAUGACACUAGCUCAGUCUCCCAUGGUAACGCUCAGAGGACAGCCUCACAACCGAAUCAUUGUGAGCCAGCCACAGGUGGUCAAACAGCUGCACGCAGGAGUGAAGCAGACGUUGGCUCCAGGUGUCAAGGGGGUGGUACAAAUAGUCAGUCAGUCUGCACUGGCUGUUGCUCAGAAUCACAAGCAGAAGGAAGCAGGAGGUGGAACCUUUAGGGAUGAUGAUGAUAUCAAUGAUGUGGCGUCCAUGGCUGGAGUCAACUUGUCGGAGGAGAGCGCCCGCAUCUUAGCAACCAACUCGGAGCUUGUAGGUGCAGUGACGCGUUCCUGUAAGGAUGAGAGCUUUCUCUCCACCUCUUUGCUCACCCAGAGAGCCCUAGGGAUCGGUAAGAAGUUCGGUGUCAGCGAGCUGGGUUCAGAUGUGAUAAACUACAUUUCUUACGCUACGCAGCAGCGGCUACAAAACCUGCUGGAAAAGGUGUCACAAGUAGCACAGCAAAAGAACAUGACCUUCAAGGAGGACGAGCGGUACAAGCAGGUCAGCGACGUGCGAGCACAGCUUAAAUUCUUCGAGCAGCUGGAUCAGAUAGAGAAGCAAAGGAAGGAAGAGCAGGAGAGGGAGAUUCUCUUGAAGGCUGCCAAGUCUCGGUCACGGCAAGAAGACCCAGAGCAGCUCAGACUUAAACAGAAAGCCAAAGAGAUGCAGCAGCAGGAGCUGGCUCAGAUAAGACAGAGGGAAGCAAACCUUACAGCGCUGGCAGCAAUCGGCCCAAGGAAAAAACGGAAAAUGGACUCUCCAGUUAGGGGUGCCAGCGCAGAGGGCUCAGGAUCAGGCCCCUCCCAGCCUGGAGCAUCCAGCAGAUCAGGCUCCAGACAGUUUACACGGCAGAGAAUCACCAGAGUCAACCUCAGGGACCUGCUCUUUUGCAUGGAGAACGAAAGAGGGACCAGUCAUUCACACCUGCUCUAUAAAUGCUUCCUCAAAUAGCACCCUGGUGUAAAAUGACUCGCCUCCCUCGGUGGCUGUAAGGAUGCAGAGUGUCAGCUCAGACCCCUUGCUGCAGGUACCUCCUGUAGACCCCUGACUUAUAAGUGGGAAGAGAUUCACUUGGAACUUGGAAAACCUCCUGAAGCACAGGAAUUUGGUAUGUUUGGGGCAAAGAUGGAGGAACUUUUGGCUCUGAUGCUUUGCCUUUUUAGAGACCAGUCGCCCCCGACUACACUUUAAUCAGGCACUGCCUCAUUGCUGCACACAAGCAAAACUGCUUUUAA